AUGAUCAAAAUGCUCCUUAAGAUCUCAUUUUUAUUACUAUCUUUAUGGAUGCAUGAUUCCAGAGUGUUGGCCGCACAAGAUACCAACGUUUACACUCCUACCUGCUUACAGUACCAAUUAACCUCACGUAAGAAGGAUAUAGCCUGCACAGGUCUUGAUAAAAGACCUUAUGAUUGUGAUCCAGGAACGUGCGAGGGCAAUACCGGUUUUGCAUAUGCUCAAAUGACUGGUUGUGUUCAUAACGGAGUAACUGAUAAAACUCGAACUAAACAAAAAUGUGGUCAAUAUACAUAUAACAUGCAAGCUAAAACUUUCAGUUGUACUAAUCUUGGAAACGCUCAUUAUACAUGUCCUUAUGAUGAGAAUGUUGUUAAUCUCAUAGACUGCUCCGCUUGCGCAUCAGGCUAG